UUCGUCAUAUCCUAACUCAUAUUAUUGUUUCAAGUCAAAUAAAGACACACCACCUAUUAAACCUCCGUUAUUAUAUCAUCAUCUCUACUCAAACAACAACCAAAUCCCUUCAAAUCUCUUGAAAAAAUCAUGAAAAAACAAUACCCAACAAUCUUCCUUUUCUUCUCCUUCUUCUUCCUUUUCAACUAUUCAUUCAGUCUGGAUCCAAUAUUCGAAUCUUGUGUCCCCAAGGAUUGUGGAGAUGGAAUCAACAUCUCUUAUCCAUUCUUUAUCCAUGAUAUCCAGGAUCCGAAUUGCGGGUAUCCUGGAUUUGAGCUCCACUGCAACAACAGGUCAACCAUUCUUCAGUUACCGGAGAGCAACUUCACUGUUAAGCAUAUUGAUUACAACAAAAGUCGUAUUCGACUCCAAAGCUCCAUGUUUACGUCAAACCGGACUGAUCAUUGCCUCUCAACGAUCAGGAACAUAACUUCUGAUCCUAACCGCUUCAUGAUCGACAACAACACGACUACAAAGCUGUAUUCGAUAUCGAGUUGCUCUAGUAACGUCUCUAGGGUUUUGGAAAAGUAUAGGAACCGUUUGUGUGAGAAUGAGGAGUAUGUUAUGGUUAAAGAUGAUACGAAUUUUAAAAACUUAACAGACGGUUGUGGCCGUGGUGGUAAGAUCGUGGCGAUGCCUGUGGAAUUGGGUGGCGGAGGGGUGGUAGACGGUGGGAAUUAUACGAAGGUGGUGGAAAAAGGGUUUGAUAUGCGGUGGCGUGCGGGGGAUUGUGAUGUUUGUGAGACUAGUGGUGGGAGGUGCGGGUUUAAUAGGACGGUUUUUCAGUUUCGGUGUUAUUGUCCCGAUAGGCCACACAUGGUGAGUUGCAAACCUGAAAAACCAAAAAAACCAAACCAUAAACUGAUAGUCAUCACAGUUGUUGCUGGAAGUGUUCUCGUCUUUGCAAUCGCUACCACCAUUUUCUUUAUUCGCCGUACCUACAAACGCAAAGUUUCUGCUUAUUUUUCGUCGAAGGAUAAAUCCCGAGAACUUGAAGAUGCUAGUGUGUAUUUUGGUGCGUCGGUUUUCUCCUAUGCCGAACUUCAAGACGCCACGCAACAUUUCGAUUCUUCCAAGGAGCUAGGCGAUGGAGGCUUCGGAACCGUUUAUUAUGGUAAGCUUCGUGACGGUCGAGAAGUCGCAGUGAAACGACUUUACGAUCACAACUAUAAACGAGUCCAACAAUUCAUGAACGAGGUUGAAAUCCUAACUAGAUUACGACAUAAAAACCUUGUAUCACUCUACGGUUGCACUUCUCGCAUGAGUCGUGAACUCGUUUUGGUCUACGAGUACAUCCCUAACGGCACGGUAGCUGACCACCUUCAUGGUGACCGCGCAAAAGAGAGCCCGCUGACAUGGCAAACCCGUAUGAAAAUCGCCAUUGAAACAGCCAACGCGCUUGUAUACCUUCAUGCAUCCGAGAUCAUACACCGAGAUGUGAAAACUAACAAUAUUCUUCUUGAUAACAACUUUUGUGUUAAAGUAGCGGAUUUUGGGCUAUCGAGGUUGUUACCUAAUGAUGUUAGUCAUGUCUCAACCGCGCCCCAAGGGACCCCGGGUUAUGUGGACCCAGAGUACCACCAGUGUUAUCAGCUGACGUAUAAAAGUGAUGUUUAUAGUUUUGGAGUUGUUUUAAUUGAAUUAAUUUCAUCAAUGCCCGCUUUUGAUAUUAGUAGGUCUAGAGAUGAGAUUAAUCUAGCUAACAUGGCAAUAAACCGGAUCCAAAGAUGUGCUCUAGACGAGCUAAUCGACCCGUUUCUAGGAUCCGACCCGGAAAUCGAGAAAAUGACGACAUUGGUGGCGGAAUUGGCGUUUCGGUGUUUGCAAUUUGAUUUGGAAAUGAGGCCUACAAUGAAUGAGGUGUUGGAGGUUUUGAAGGGGAUUCAAGUGGAGGAAAAUAGUGAUGAUGUUACCGAGUUGACUAUUGUAAAGUUCGAAAUGCCGCCUCCUUCGCCAGAAAACGAAGGCGUAGGGUUGUUAAAAGGGCGGAUCAUGGCGUCGCCGAUCUCCGUGACCGCGAAAUGGCAUAGCACUAGUAGUGGAGUUGUUACCACAUCAAACACUAGUGUGUGUAAUUGAGGGGUUAUAACUUAUAUGCACAUGUAUAGAGUAGUACUGUUUUUUAUAUAAAAUUUUGUAGCCAUGAAAGUUCACACAUGGAACGCAUGUAACAUGGAAUUUAAGUAAACAUAUAGAAAAGGAUAAAAA